AUGGCGAAGCUCCUCUCCCUCGGAGGAGGACUCCCCCCCCCCCGCCCCCAGAGCGCGGACGCGGGAGGAAACCCAGACGCCAAGCUCUCCCUCCGCCACUCCCGCCCUCCCCCCCCCCGGCUGCCUGCCUGCCUGCCUGCAAUCGGGGGCAUAAAUCAGGGAGGAGACGCGCGCGCACACGCACCAACCCACCCCGAAAGAGCCAGGCGCGCGCGCGCGCGCGAGGGAGGGAGGGAGCCGGGAUCUGUUACAAAAGUAGCCCCGAUGGCGGCGGAUCACAGCGCGCAGAAGCUGCCGCCGCCCGAGUAG